GAGAUCCCCUCCAUGCUUCUAUCCUUGCUUGCCUUCCUUCGGCUUUCCAAACACUCCAAAUCCUCUCAAGCCUAGAGCCAAAGGCAACCAUGGGUGGCUGUGCUAGCAAACCCAAGGCCCUUGAUGGCCAGGCGCCAGAGGACAAACCUAUCUACACCUCGGCCCCCUCUGACGUGACCUCUGCUCCCGCCGAGGCUGCAGCCGAGUCCAAGACAUGCACGCCGGAGCACGAGCAAGAGGAGCAUAGCGAGACAGCCAUUUUGGUUUUCCAGGCUGCAGCCGAGUCCAAGACAUGCACGCCGGAGCACGAGCAAGAGGAGCAUAGCGAGACAGCUGCUCCCGUGGAAGGUGAGACAAGGAAGGAUGGGUCCAGCACACGAGAUGAUUCGGGCACCCACCAAGAGCAAGAACAGCGCCAGGAGAAGACUGCUGUGACGGAGGAGAAGUUGGCCGAUGCCACAAAGAUUGAAGAAAAACAAACAUCACCGUCAUUGUAGAAACAAAAAGAGAGAUGCAGCUGAGUUUUUUCUUUUGUCAUUAAUGUGGAUUUGUGUCUGUCAACCUCCCAACACGCCGCCUGAAUGUGUUGUUGUAGAAGUCUAGAAGAAAACAUGAAUGAGUGGGCGAGAUUCCUGUGAUAGCUACGCACUUCUUUGGAUUUAUUUAAUUGGUUUGCAACAUGAAUUCAUUGUUUACUGCCUCU